GCUGAGCGCGCAAACCCUCCCUAGACCCGCCGGGUAGUGCGUGCGGCUCCCGGUUCAAGGGUCGUCCGUGACCUCUGGUCCGUUUCUCCGGCGUCACGGGGAAUAAAUCUCUCGAAGCCGACUGGUCCUGUCCCGGAAAGGGGGCAGAUAUUCAGGACCCCUUCAUCUUCCUUCCAGUGGACAGCGAGCCCGGCAUCUUUGGCGUCGGUGGUUGGCAGUUUGUCCAGGAGCUUGCUACAUUGAAAAAUGGCUACUGGACAGGACCGGGUAGUUGCCCUACUGGACAUGGACUGUUUUUUUGUUCAAGUGGAACAGCGGCAAAAUCCUCAUUUGAGGAAUAAACCUUGUGCGGUUGUACAGUACAAAUCAUGGAAGGGUGGUGGAAUAGUUGCAGUGAGUUAUGAAGCUCGUGCAUUUGGGGUCACUAGAAGCAUGUGGGCAGAUGAUGCUAAGAAGUUAUGUCCAGAUCUUCUACUGGUACAAGUUCGUGAGUCCCAUGGGAAGGCUAACCUCACCAAGUACCGGGAAGCCAGUGUGGAAGUAAUGGGGAUAAUGUCUCGUUUUGCUGGGAUUGAACGUGGCAGCAUUGAUGAGGCUUAUAUAGACCUGACCAGUGCUGUACAAGAGAGACUACAAAAGCUACAAGGUCAACCUAUCUCAGCUGAGCUGUUGCCAACCACCUACAUUGAAGGGUUGCCCCAAGGCCCUACAACAGCAGAAGGGACUGAUCAGAAAGAGGAGACGCGAAAACGAGGCUUAUUUCAAUGGCUUGAGUCUCUUCAGAUUGAUAACACCACCUCUCCAGACCUGCAGCUCACUGUUGGAGCCGUGAUUGUGGAGGAAAUGAGAGCAGCCAUAGAGAAGGAGACGGGUUUUCAGUGUUCAGCUGGAAUUUCACACAAUAAGGUCCUGGCAAAACUGGCCUGUGGACUAAACAAGCCCAACCACCAGACCCUGGUCUCACAUGGGUCAGUCCCACAGCUCUUCAGCCAAAUGCCUAUUAGCAAAAUCCGUAAUCUUGGAGGAAAGCUAGGUGCCUCUGUCAUUGAAAUCCUGGGGGUGGAAUACAUGGGUGAACUGACUCAGUUCACGGAAUCCCAGCUCCAGAGUCAUUUUGGGCAGAAGAAUGGAUCUUGGCUAUAUGCCAUGUGCCGUGGGAUUGAACAUGAACCAGUUAAACCCAGGAGACUACCUAAAUCCAUUGGCUGCGGCAAGAACUUCCCAGGAAAGACAGCCCUGGCUACUCGCGAACAGGUACAAUGGUGGCUUUUGCAAUUAGCCCAUGAACUAGAGGAGAGACUAACCAAGGACCGAGAUGAUAAUGACAGGGUGGCCACCCAGUUGGCUGUGAGCAUUCGUGUACAAGGAGACAGACGUCUCAGCAGCGUACGCCGCUGCUGUGCCCUUACCCGCUACGACGCUCACAAGAUGAGCCAAGACGCGUUUGCCGUCAUCAGGAACUGUAACACUUCAGGGAUCAAAACUGACUGGUCCCCUCCCCUCACAAUGCUCUUCCUCUGUGCUACCAAAUUCUCCGCCCCUGCCCCUUCAUCUUGCACAGACAUCACCACCUUCUUGAGCAAUGACCCAAGUUCUCUGCCAAAGGAGCCAGUUACCAGUCCAGAAGCUAAGACCCAGGGAUGUGGCCCAGCAGUGACAGCCACUAAGAAAGCAACCACUUCUCUGGAAUCAUUCUUCCAAAAAGCUGCAGAAAAGCAGAAAGUCAAAGAAGCUUCACUGUCAUCUCUUACUGCCACUACCCAGGCCCCCAUGAGCAAUUCACCAUCCAAGCCCUCCUUACCUUUCCAAACCAGUCGUAUUACGGGAACUGAGCCCUUCUUUAAGCUGAAGAGUCUACUUCUAAAACAGAAACAGCCUAAUAAUCCUUCAGUUUUCUUCACUCCACAAAAUCCACAGUCCAGCUGUAAAGAGUUAACAAACUGUCUUCCAGCAGAGUAUCCAGACUGCACCCCUGUCUGUCAAGCAGCAUUGAAGCUAGGAUCCUCUGAAACAACUCCUACAGAGAUAGAUUUGGCCCAGAACAGCCCAAGCAGGCUUGCUUCUUUAACUUCCAGCUCUGCUCUGGAGGUGGCUCAGAAAUCAACUACUGCCCCAAUUACUAUGGCAGCUGAGGACCAAGUGCCCUGUGAGAAGUGUGGCUCUCUGGUACCUGUAUGGGAGAUGCCAGAACAUAUGGACUAUCAUUUUGCAUUGGAGUUGCAGAAAUCCUUUUUGCAGCCCCACUCCUCAAACUCACAGGCUGUUCCUGCCAGUUCUCCUCAAAGCAAAAGAAAUCCCAAGAGCCCUUCAGCCUCCAGUAAUAAACGCCCUAGGCCUGAGGGCAUGCAGACAUUGGAAUCAUUUUUUAAGCCAUUAACACACUAGUGCUGCCCUCAGGCUUGUUGCAGGGUUUUAAUAUUUUACCUGUAAAUUAGGAGGUGGAAAUAUGCUCACUUCGCAAGGAAAUCUGUAACUUUAUGAAAUUUUUAGUAAGAGAAAUAAUCCAGUUAGAUGCGGAGUUAAAACUCCCAUCUCUUCACAUGCAUGGAUCCCGAUUCCAUUGCCGACAGAGAUGUAAAAACUAACUUAUCUUGCAGAUUAUCACUGCUUUGAGUUUGUUUUUUUUUAAGAUUUUAUUUAUU